CAAGUAACAUCGAUAAAUAUCUUGGCUUCACUAUCCUGGGGGAGAGAGAGAGCGAGAGCCUUCAGAGUAAUAAACGGCAUAGGUGACGACUGACGAAGACGACGACCAUGUGCACGUUAGAAAAGCGCGGUAACAUUUUCCUUCUAACUCUAGUCGGCGACGAUGAGCACCGAUUGAGCCCCAACCUCAUCGGCGAGAUUGGGUCGGCUCUAAGCCAAGUCCGUGCGGAGGCCACGCGCGGUUCGGUCCUUGUCACCACCGGCCAGGGCAAGUUCUUCUCCAAUGGCUUCGAUCUCGCCUGGGCUGAGUCCGCCGGGUCCAACGGCCUCCUCCACCGGCUCCGGCACAUGAUCGACAGCUUAAAGCUAAUCGUGGCUGAACUGCUCUCCCUCCCUAUGCCCACUAUAGCCGCCGUAUCGGGCCACGCGGCUGCUGCCGGGUUCGUUCUCGCGCUGAGUCACGACUACAUCUUGAUGAGGAAGGACAGGGGGGUCCUCUACAUGAGCGAGCUCGACAUCGGGCUUACCCUUCCCGACUACUUCAUGGCAUUGUUGAGAGAAAAGAUCCAAUCGCCGAUGGCUCGGCGCGACGUGGUUCUACAGGCCGCGAAGGUGAAGGCAGAGGCGGCGGUCAAAAUGGGGAUCAUAGACUCGGCACACGAUAGCGCGGCGGAGGCUCUGGAAGCGGCGCUGCGCAUGGGUGAGAAGUUGGCCGCUAGGAAUUGGGACGGAGGGAUUUAUGCUGAUAUACGGAAGUCGUCGUUUCCGGAACUCUGCGUAGUGCUCGGGCUACAGAGUAAGACCAGCGUCACAGCACGGCUUUGAAAUUAAAAAUAGAAAAUCUCGGUGGUGGUCACCGGCGGUGGUUUGGCGUUCACAGGAUAUAAUAUUAUUUCAUUUUCGUCACGCAAUGAUUUCUUAGUCUAAUACAUCCGUCUAUGGGCUAUGGCCAAAAAAACAUAUCGUCUAUGUAUUGCGUUUGGUAUUUCUGCUUAA